GGACACGUUUGCAGUUGGAAUUCCAUCCCAAAGAGACUGGCCAAUAGGAGAGCUGAGCGCGUUACACGCUUAAUAUGUGCAAACAGUGUCUGGAUAAAAGCCCAGCAAUAUUUACAGCACGUCUGUUACUGUCACACGCCUUUCCUGAAUGAACGUAUCUUUUGGAAACAGAAAUGUAUUCAAGCCAUGUGCUUUUCAAUGCUGGAACGCAAAGCGUUUCUGUUAUUUUUCUGCUUCACUUACUUUUAACGGGGGCAACGGAAUUACCCAGCUGCAAAGAGUCUGAUUAUCAUUUUGAGUACACAGACUGUGACGUUUUGGGCUCUCGAUGGAGAGUAGCGAUACCCAACAAGCCUGAGACCUGCACUGGCCUUCCUGAUCCAGUCAAAGGCACCCAUUGCACGUUUAGCUGUAAUGAAGGCGAAUUUCUGGACAUGAGGACUCAAGAGUGUCAGAAAUGCGUUUCAGGGACCUAUUCUCUUGGGACGGGUGCUGCUUUCGACGAGUGGGACACUUUGCCCACUGGCUUUGUCAGCCAUGGCAUCAGUAUGAACUUAGGAGACACUCACACAAAUUGCUCCAACUCAACAUGGAUCCCAAAAGGUGAUUAUAUUGCGUCUAACACAGAUGAGUGCACUUCAACUCUUUCAUAUGCUGUGAGUCUAAAGAAGCCUGGAUCUGUGUCCUUCCAAUACUUCUAUCCAGACAACCACAUGUUUUUUGAGUUUUAUGUUCAGAAUGACCAGUGUCAGUCUACAGACUCUCAGCGUCGCUGGAUGAAGAUAUCAGAAAGUGAUUGGGAUUACCAUUAUGUGCAGCUGAGUAGUGGUAACAAUGUCUUGUACUGGAGAACAACAGGUUUCUCUCUGGCCGCUAACACUGCCAAAUCGGUUCUACUGAAGAACAUUGUCAUCUCAGGUGUCUCGUAUACAUCUGAGUGUUUUCACUGUAAGCCUGGUACCUAUAGUGAUAAACCAGGGGCUGCCCGCUGUGUGCCAUGCCCUGCUAAUUCGUACUCUAAUAAGGGAGCCACUGCGUGCCAACCCUGUGAGGCGGACAAAUAUUCAGGACUUGGAUCUGGAACCUGUCUACAGCGACUGCCCUGCACAACGACUGAUUACUUCUAUACUCACACACCAUGUGACUCCAGUGGUCAGGUACCACAAAAAAUCCAACAAAUCUAGAGAUUUGAUUUAUUUUAUUUUAUAGGGGAGAUGAUGGCCUGCCCUCCAUGCAAUCCAGGAUUCUUCUCCAACAACACCUCCAUCUGUGAACCCUGCCCACAUGGCUUCUAUUCAAAUGGGACAGAAUGCUCAGAGUGUCCUGCUGGAACGGAACCAGUCGUGGGUUUUGAAUAUAAAUGGUGGAACAAAAUGCCCAACAAUAUGAGGAGUCCAGUCUUCAGCUCAGAAUACAGAAGCGUGGAGAGGAGCACAGGCUGGGAGGUUGCAGGCGAGUACAUCUACACCACACCAAGCAAUCAGGACUCUGACUACAUGAUGCUGACACUCACAGUACCUGGAUACAGCCUGCCUCAUUCCCUGAGUGAAGACAAUGAGAGAGUUCAGCUUUCCAGAAUAACAUUUGUGUUUGAAACAAAGUGUACAGCUGAUUGUAAACUGUAUUUCAUGGCAGGGCAAAAUGAAUGGAGUAAUAUUGCGGAGAGUUGGUCUGGCACUAUAGGGAAGCAGUCCUACUCUUAUCUUAUUAAAAGCAAUAACACUGUUAGCUUCACCUGGGGUUUUCAGCGUACUGGGAUCUUCAGUAUGAAAAAUGAAUACAGCUCUGACUAUGCUAAGAUCUACUCUGUUCGCCUCACUAAUGUGAUUGGGGGUGUGGCGUCAGAAUGUCGUCAGUGUGCUCUGGCUGCCGUUGACUCUGAGUCUGCCUGCGUCCCCUGCCCUCCAGGACACUACAUGCUGAACGGCACAGGAGUGUGUAAAAGCUGUCCCUCAAAUACCAUCAUCAGGCCCGAGCAGCCAAUCGGAAAGCAAGCCUGCAUACCUUGCGGACCCAAUACUUACAGUAAUGAAGGCCGUUCUGCGUGCAUGAGUGACUGUACUUUAGCACUGCAUCAUAAAGGAGAGAUGCUGAAUUAUGAUUUCUCACCGCUGGCAAAUGUCACUGGCUUCCAGAGCAGCCCACGCUUCACCAGUAAAGGGCUGCAGUAUGUCCACCAUUUCAGUGUGGCGCUGUGUGGGACAGAAAACAGGGCUCUUGCAUCCUGUGUGGAAAAUGUAACUGAAAGCAAGAGGGAUGUAAAAGGCUACAUCUGUCGGUCUACCGUAGUGCCUUCUGAGGUCAGGGGUCAGAGUGUUGUGUACUCUCAGCCCUUCAGUAUUGGAGAUACUUUAAUCGGAGUGACAACUGACUUCAAAUUUGAUGACAUCUCGUCAUUGGAUGGCAAUUUUCCUGUUGAAUCAGAGCUGCCUGAUGUCAUGUUCUACUACAGAUCUAGAGAAACGACACAGGCAUGUAAAAAUGGAAGAUCAGCCUCCAUUAGGCUCCGAUGUGAUCCCACUGUAACACUGAAGAACCAUGUUUUCCUACCAAGCAACUGUUCAGAGGGCACCUGUGAUGGCUGCUCCUUCCAUUUCCUGUGGCACUCCCAGUAUGCCUGUCCUCUCUGCUCUGAGAGGAACUAUAAGGAGAUUGUGAGCGCUUGUAUCCAAGGAAUUCAGAGGACUACCUAUGUGUGGCAACAACCUCUGAGGUGCACAGGUGGGGUGUCACUGCCUCCUCAGAAGGUCAGUGCCUGUGUGACGCUGGACUUCUGGCUGAAGUUUGGUGUCUCCAUCGGAACUGUGGCUGCUAUAUUGCUCAUUACCAUCAGCUGCUACUUCUGGAAAAGGACACGCAAGCUGCAGUAUAAGUACUCAAAGCUAAUGAUGACUGCAGGAGAUAAGGAGUGUGAACUUCCAGCUGCAGAUAGCUGUGCCAUCAUGGAGGGAGAAGAUGCAGAGGAUGACCUCAUCUACCUCUCCAAGAAAUCUUUCUUCACUAAGAUCAAGUCAUUUUCCAGAGAGAGAACGUCAGAUGGCUUUGAUUCUGUUCCUCUAAAAUCAUCAGCUGCACAGGAGAUGGAGAUGAACUAGAACUUCUGAGACACAGGGAGAGCCAGCAAGAAAUGUUUGGCCUGUCACAAGCCAUCCUUGAAGCUAUAUCUGACAAUAUAACAUCAAUACUUGUAUUCCCAAAGAGACACGGAGCGAAGAAAAAAAAUACUGAAAACAUGUCUGCCUUAUUCAAGUCACCUCAUAAACCUGUGAUUUCAGGACUGGCAUAAGAAGAUUUUUUAAAAACUUUUUUUUUUAUGAUGAGUUUUUUUAAAGAUCUAUAUCAUUGUGUAAAUAGGCCUAUAAAGAUGUGUACCAAACCUGUAUGCUUGUGAAAGAUAAUGCUGGAAAAUUUACAUUGCAUUUGUUUGACAGGUCAUCAUGUGAUAUAUCAAAUAUUUUCUUUUUCUUCUCUUCAUUUGGGUGAGUGAGAGUUGAGAGCUACACCUGCCUUACAAGUGGUUACAAUAUGUUGCAGACAGUUUUCAUUAUUAUUUUUUUUAAUCAUUCAAAUGUUCUGGCAUACUAGCAUUUAUGUUGUGUGGACCAUUUUUGUUAUGUUAUUUGUAUUUUAGGAAAUGUCAUCUUGUUUGUAAUGGUUUUCUUAAAGAAUAUAGCCUACUUGA